AUUUUAUUUUGGUUGCACUGUUCCUGCAACUGCUUUCGAAAGAUAUGCGCCAUUAAAUGUCGUGUUUAUUUAACAUUUUUUUUUACAUCGAUCUGCCUCAGCUUGCGCUUGUAAACGAAAAUUUGAUCUGCUGAUUCGUCAAUAUUCGUCUAUUCAGCUCAUGCGUCACUAAUAGAACACAAAUCCCGAAAUUUCCUUUUGAUCAACGCAGUUAGCUUUGAAAUUGAAACCUCGCUUUUGUGGCUUAGAAGCGCUUAGAAGAAUUCAGACACAUUUUAUAUGAGUUAUAGCACCUGCAUUUGGAAGGGCAUUGUGUGCAGAUCAUAAAUUUUCGUUUGCUCCAAGACGAAAAAAUGGAUUCCGGAGAGUGUUCCGUUGAUCACUGGCUGGGAUUCUUCAUGGGUGCUGGGAUCCCCAACCGGGUGGCUGCAGACUACGCCGUCACCUUCAGCGACAACAGGAUGAGGCUGGACAUGCUGCCUGAUCUCAGCAAGGACUACCUCAGGGACAUGAACAUCACUCUCAUGGGCGAUGUCAUUGCCAUCCUGAAGCAUGCCAAAUCGGUCAGCCAGAAGGCGUACACCGCCCAGAAGAUCAGCAGCGGCAAGGCGGUGGCUGCGUCGCGCGCCCGCCCGGCCGCCGCCGCCCCCGCUGCGGCCGCUGCUGUGGCGGCUCCGCGCGCCGCUGUCCGCCCGCUGAGGUCGGAUCCCUCUCCGCGACCCGUGAGGGCAGAGCCGGCGCCGCGGCCGACCGAGCCAACCACGCCGAUCCGCGCCAAACGCAGCAGCGACGUCGCCGACGAGGGUGGCCGCUGGGCCGGACCGCCGACGCCCAAGCGAAGAAUCGUGCCUCCGGGACCGGAUGCACCCGAUAUCGACGAUGAAGAACCGGAGCCGGUGCCGCGCCGCUCAGCGAUGGUGGAGCGGGUGCGGGCGGCUCCGUCCCCCGCGGCACGGGCGCGGCCCGUCACGCAGACCGUCUCCCGUGUCGGGCACACCUCCUCGGCGCCCAUCCGACCGGGGUUCCGUGGGCCGGACAGUGAACGGGCAGAGGCGCCGCGCAGGACUACCGCCGCCGCUGCCUCUGCCAGUGGCGCCAGCAGGACGGGUGGUGGAUCCACCCGGUUCACCAUCACUGGACUGGGAGGCAUCUCGGCUGCGGUGCAGCCUCACCAGCGCCGGCCGCUGGGCCUGCAGCCGGAUCUGCCUACUGCCUCCGGACUGCCCCGUCAGAAAAUCACCUUCGACAAUAGCGAGCCGGGCGGAGCAGCCGACCCGCCGCGCAGGACUGUGGGGACAGUGCGGACUCGGGUGGAGGCGGGGGCCGUGGCUAGGCGACGCGUCGUGCCUCAAGUUGACUCCCCGGACUCCGACCGAGCGCCUCCGUCGCGCACGGAGGGAGUCCGCUCGGCAGCUGCCAGAGAGCGACUGGCCGGGCGCGACCAGGGAUUCCGCUCAGCGGCGACACGGGAGGUGCGUGAUGUUCCCGUCCGCGUCAGGACGACACGCGAGGGCGGCGGGGAAGUGCCGAGAACAGCUGGAAGUCGGCUGAAACCACCGCCGGCGCUGGCGCGUCCGACCGUGGUCCGCACGCGGCCGGCUGUCGAAGAGGAGUGGGCGGAGGAGCGUCCCCGACCGGUCGCGUCGCGUCUGAAGCCGCCUCCGGCGGCGGGAGUGAAGGCUCGGCUGGGUGCAGGCGGCGGCGGCCGGAUGCAGCUCACCACUGCUGGAGGCAAGGUGAUCAAGUUGAAGGGAUCAUCGGUCUACAGCCGGCUGGGCGAUACCAGACGGUAAAGCGUUCACAUGAGGGGGAGCUGAGAGAUAAACUCAGAAAGGCGGUUGGAGAGGGCUGUCUGAGGGCCGAGUACAGAGAAAAAGCCGCCUGACAGCUGACUUCAAGAGGUUUUCAAGACAGAAUUUUCUAGAAGCCGCCGGAUCGGUCGAGUUGAUGCAUGAGACUUUUGAUGUGAUUUUGUUCUAAAUUAUUGAUUUGAGUGGGCUGCUGGCUGAGCUCAACAGUCAUUGGCGAAGUAAUGCAAGGGCUGAGCUCAGAUGAACCAGCGGUCAGUGGAACGUCUGUGGAAGAGCGCCAAUGCAUAGCCUAGACUCCGUAGCUACCACUGCCUGCCUAUUGGGCCGGAGCCACCAAACCCGGACGCAUGUGCAGCUAGACGUCCCGUCUAUCUAACCAGGCGGCGUCGGGUGACGCUCAGUUCGCCGCGGCGAGCGAGCGUCCGGCUCGUCACACGUGUGACGUGGGCACCUGUUCACGACGAGUCCCGACUGGGUGAGUGCCAAUCAGUAGCGUAGUGUUGCAGUGCUAGUGCCGACAGAAUUUCAACCCGCCAGCCUGUGUGCGAUGCGUCGCUGUGCCUUCGGGAGCGUGCUUGAAGUGGGUUUGUAAUACGGCCAGGCUACUACCGCAGAGCUGGAUAUUGCAGCUCAGUCGUAGGCUCGCAUAUUCACCGAAAUGUGGGUGGGAUUUUGGGUUGUGACGGAGAAAGGGCGCUAAAGACAAUGACGAUAGCGGUCAGAACUGUUGGAGGGAUAUAUCACCAAAAUCAUUAAAUAGCAAAAUGGUUGGAACUAAUCUUAUGGAGCUAGGUAUAAGACGAAUGAAGCACUUUUGUCUUAGUCGAGUAAGAAGCAAAAUAUUUGCUGAACGUUUCCUUUUGUUGUGCUGGAAUAAGCUGCAUACUUACGCACUUUUCUACUAGGUGGACUUUAUUCCAGAGUUCUUUGAUUAAUCUUAAUGAUGCAGCAUAUUCUCUUUGGUGCCCAUUACUGCUUUUUAGUGUUUGAUCUUUAGCUUAUUCACUUUAUGGUGUUUUUCGUUAAAAAAUGUUGAUCUUUUCUACACUUCACCAAUGUCCCCUGCUCUAUAUCACAUAUAGGUAGCGCUUUGCCUAACUUUGUGUGUGACUUUUUACUGAACAAUAAAAAGUAACCUUGUUUUGAUGCAAUA